UUCAUAAGAAGAUGACUUGCCAUUUCCUUCUAAUCUAGCAUGGGAGCCAAGGCCCUGAACACUGUGGGAGUGACUUUUCCCUCACUGAACUCUACCCCCAUCAGAAAGGAGGUGUUACUUACUGUCAAAGAGCUUAUAAACGCAUGAGGGGUUGGCAUGGAGCUGCUGAGCCUCCUGGGAGAGAGACUUUAGUAAGAGAAAUUCAGAGACUACCAUGGCGGGAAAGCCCAAGCUUCACUACUUCAAUGGACGAGGCCGAAUGGAGUCCAUCCGGUGGCUCUUGGCCGCAGCAGGAGUAGAGUUCGAAGAGAAAUUUAUAGAAACUCCAGAGGACUGGGAUAAAUUAAAGAAUGAUGGAUGUCUGAUGUUCCAGCAAGUGCCUUUGGUGGAAAUGGAUGGAAUGAAGCUGGUGCAGACCAGAGCCAUUCUCAACUACAUUGCCACCAAAUACAACCUCUAUGGGAAAGACAUAAAGGAGAGAGCCCUGAUAGAUAUGUACACAGAAGGUAUGGCAGAUUUGAAUGAAAUGAUCAUUGUUUUGCCUCUAUGCCCACCUGAUCAAAAAGAGGCCAAGAUUGCCCUGAUCAAAGAGAGAACGACAGAUCGUUAUCUCCCCGCGUUUGAGAAAGUGUUAAAGAGCCAUGGACAAGACUACCUUGUUGGCAACACGCUGAGCAGGGCUGACAUUCACCUGGUGGAACUUCUCUACUAUGUGGAAGAGCUUGACCCCAGCCUUCUGGCCAACUUCCCUCUGCUGAAGGCCCUGAAAACCAGAAUCAGCAAUCUCCCCACCGUGAAGAAGUUUCUACAGCCUGGCAGCCCGAGGAAGCCUCCCAUCGAUGAGAAAAGUUUAGAACAAGCCAAGAAGAUUUUCAGGAUUAAAUGAAGCAGGAAUGGAUGCCCAGCACACGUGGAACCAAUCUGCUGAGGUUUUCCAGCAAUGAAGUGUGUUACCUAAAUGUAAAUACUGGCUAUCGUGUGGCUAGGAAACUUUUGAAAAGUUUAAGUGCUAAUUUCAUUAGGAAUUAUGCAGAUUUAGUUGUAAAGCAGUUUAUUUUGUUUUGAUCAAAUAUGAAAUCAUGAUCACCUCCUAGGAUGUCUCUUGGCCUUAAAAAUAAAGGGAGAAAAAUGUCAUGGAUUCUUUCUUUGAUCUAUUAAAAAAUUGUCAUUAUACUAUCAUGUAC